ACACGAUUGUCGACGACGGCCGACCGAUCUCGUCCACUCUGUUGAACUAAUAAUUACUUGUCUCUACGCGCCGUGGACGUCCACCGUGACUUUGCCAGCCAAGCCAGGCAGGGGCAGCCUAGCCUUUUUGUGUUGUUGUUGCGUCGGAGAUUAGACCACGCCAUUCGCACCCGGACCGCGACAAGUGGUUGAUAAAGCGCUCUUGAGUCUUGCGUGGUGGACACAGCGUGCCUAGCUAAUAAGCUAAGUGCAAGCGGAUCGGAAUGGAGCCGCGAAAAGCCUGGACACCCAACAGCCGCUCGGCCACGCUGCCGCUCCGCCUGUCCGCAUCCAGUCCCAGCUUGAACCUGUUCCCGGGCAGUGCACUGCGAACUCCGACGACGCCGAGCAGCGCAGGUGCCAUGUCCGUGAGCUCAAUCACGUCCCCCACUACACCGAUCAGUGAGACCAAGGAAUUGGACACGGAGAGUCUUCAAGGCGUCUCCGUUCGCCACUACAGCGAGUCCAGAACUCCUCGCCGUGGCAACUCGCGUGUCCUCAGCACCGUCUCACUGCGCCGCUCCAACAGCACCGGGUCACGGCUCAGCGUUGACGAGGACGAUUCGUCCACCGCAGACACCACCAAGUAUGGCGCUUGCUCGUUUGGCGAGCAGCUGCGUCCCAUGGAGGUGUGCAUUCCAAAGCAGCAGGAUCUGGCAAGUCCUAUGUCACCGCGGCAUGACACUCUGCCGAAAUCGGAAGGUGUUGGCAGAGCGCCGCGGCGGCAGAUCAGCCUCGCACGCAUCGUGGACGUGUCUGAGAGCACGCGUAGCCGCACGGAGAGCGAGGAGCUCUGGGGCGUCAAGGUGCGCCACUACGUCGAGCACUUUGAGAGCACAACGUUCAUGACCGUCCAGGUGCAGGACCUGCUGGAGGGCGGCGCGGCGGAGAAACAAGGCAUCCAGAAAAAUGAUCAGGUGCUGUCCAUCAAUGGUAACUUGGUGAAAGGUAUGUCCAGUGAGGAGGUGGUACGCGAGAUGUCCAGCAGUGAACAUGAGUCCUUGUGUUUGAUCAUACUACCACACAAGCAGACCAAGAUCAGCAACGUACAGAUCUUCUCGCCGAGCCGUGCCUCGUUGGACAUCUUGUGGUGCGUGCGCAAUCAGCUGACAACGCUGACCCUCUGGGACAUCGAUCUCAGCAGCCGAGCGCGGAAAGUCACCACAGUGGACUUGUCACGCCUCAUGCUGAUCAGCAACCUGGCCGUGUGCAACUGUCGGCUGGAGUCUCUUGAGGUUAUUGGAGGAUUGCGGCGGCUGCAGUUCCUGUCGCACGCACGCUUCACCAACAACCGGCUGACAGCCGGGGCGCUGGGCAACACUUGUCCCCUCGCCAGCAUUCCCAGCAUCAAGGCUCUCAUUCUCAACCGCAAUCACAUCAAGGACUUCCCGGUGUGCGUUUACAAGCUACCCCUGCUGGAGCAUGUCAGCUUGGCGUACAAUCAGCUGAGAGAGGUGCCGCGGACGCUCAGUGCACUGGAGAACCUGAAACAGCUGAAUCUGGAUGGCAAUGCACUAGUGGAAAUGGACACGACGCUACUAGGAGAUCGCAUGCUGAAAUUUCUAUCAAUAUCUCGCAAUCGAAUUGACUUCAAUCCAGCUCUGGAGAAGCAAGGCCUUGCAGCUUUCGCCCUCUUUGGCAAUCCGUUCACCAGCCAGCCCUACCACAGUUCGCCACACGCACGUCGUGAGACGCGUGAGAGUCUCCGUCACGGCAGUACGGCUACGUGGAGACGCAGGCAUCACCGCCCCGCCAAGAACAGCCCUGCCGCCGUCUCGCCGCUGCUGCGUGCCAGGAACGCCGGCAUCACGGAGAGUAGAGUGACGAUAUUCUAAGAAGAUUUUCGAGUUUGCGGGAGAAACGAUCUUGGCGAUUGCUCGCUGUGGACAGACGAAGCAAUGCCACAACCUCGCUAUUCAUAACCGACACUAAAGGGACGGCAAACUGUCAUGGCAUUUCUCAGUGCUAUGAAGACCAGUGCAAUACGCGCCACCGUAGCAAAAGAGCGUUUUGUCCAGCCGUGUCACCUGCUUAAUGGCUGGAGCGCUCUGUUGUGGAUGAUGAUGAUGCUCAGUUGUUGCCGGUGUCGCGGUCUCAAGAUCUGCACCCUCUGUAUGUAGAGAAACAGCAUGUAGGACUGCUAGAAGAGAGAAAGAGAGAGAGAGAGAGAGAGAGAGAGAGAGAGUACGUUUGUGUGUGUGUGUGUGUGUGUGUGUGUGUGUGUGUGUGUGUGUGUGUGUGUGUGUGUGUGUGUGUGUGUGUGUGUGUGUG